GAAAGAUUAAAGAAUUAAAACUUUAGAGUCCGCUAAAUAGUGAGAGAUUCCUCAUUAAAUGUUUGCUUGUCGCUUGUUCAUAUGAAGUGAUCGUUUCGUGAACUGUUGGACAUACAGGCCAAAUGCUAUUGAAAGGGUGAAACUAAACUAAAGGACUAGACAAUAUCUUUUUCGUAUUACAUGUAAAUACAAAAGUUUGAUCCAGUUACUUGAACUAUUUCUUGAAAUAUACUUGCCUGUACACUACAUAACCACAGUUGUGAGAUGCUAGCAACUACUGCUACAACGUGAUUUUAGAUUUUGUAAUUUUUCAAUAAAUGUAAUAUUACUUUUUUUUUCUUCUGUUCUUUAUAAUUGCCAUGUGGAAUUAACCUAAAAAUAUAAUCACCAUCGUCUGCUCGACAUAUACUCCCUUUACCCUCAGCAAACAUCACGAAAAGGUAGUAAAUAGGGCGUCCGAUGGACCAAGAACAACCAUGCAAAAUUCCUGGACUUUCUCUAAUUUACAAUGAAGAAUCUCCUAAUCAGGAAAAUGCUACGGGGGCUGCUACCAUAAAUGAGAAUUUACAAAACCCGGAAAAGUCUUCGCCUCCAGAAAGCAGCCGUCCUGUAACAGAGAAUGUUUCUGUGACAUCAAAUUCAAAUGAAAUUGAAAAAACAGACCAAGCUUCUGCCUCCAAUAGGACUACUGAAGAUGUUUCUAGCGAACUAGAAUCUGAGGAAAACGCAGGUUCAAAAGAUGGAGAACCAGUAAAGCAACCACCAGCGCAAGGAGAAUCUUCCAUGGACGUCUUAGAUAUGGCACUUGCAAAUCCAGCUGCUAGUGUUGUCCCAUCGUCUACGAAGCCGGUGUAUGUUAAUGAUUCACUUGGCACAAUGGAAAAUUUCACUGAUUCUCUCCAGCCAUCUAAGGGAAACACAGUAGAGGAAGUGAACAAAGAAGCAGCGGAAGAAAAAGAAUUAGAAAAAUCUGUUAAUUCCCAAUCAGAUUCCGAAUCUUCAGAUGAUGACUCUUCAGACUCAGACUCAGACUCCGAUUCUGGUUCUGGCACUGAUAGUACUUCAAGCUUAUCCGAAGUACAUGAUAAUGAAAAGCUAGAAUUAGAGCAUGAAUCCGAAGCUACUCCACCCAAGACUGUACAUGAAUUACCCGAAGAGGUUUACGAGCGUCCAACAAUCGAGCUUGGUCCUGAUUCUCCUAUAGAACCUUUGGGAAAUGUUUUACAGGUGCUUAAAAAGGAACUGGUUAUUCAAAGUGAUGUCCAAAAUGAAGAGCUUAUUUUUGAUGAAAAGACUGUUCUUUGUUUUGAAGAUCGGACUAUUGUAGGUUUUAUCCAUGAAACUUUUGGACCUGUUUCUUCUCCAUUUUAUGUUGUUCGAUUUACAAAUGAAGAAGAAUGUGCAUCUAUUAAUCCUUCUGUUGGAAAAAGGGUUUUUUAUGUUCCUACCAUGGCAAAUCGACUUGAUCCAGAACCCUUAAAAUAUAUUAAAGGAAGUGAUGCUAGCAAUGUAUAUGAUGAGGAAAUUAACCCUUCUGAACAAGAGUUUUCAGAUGAUGAAGCUGAGGCCGCUGCUAAACAAAGCAAGCGUAAAAAGAAGAGAAAGACAAAACCUACGUCUCAUGCUUCACUUACAGAAGCCGAAGCUUCUUAUCGGCCUACUCCAAGAGCAAGUUAUGCUCCAGAAAUGCCAGCUCCACCUUCCCUCUCUUCCAUCCCUCAUCAUGUACCAGGUCCAGUAAGAUCACCAUACAACUUUUAUCCCGUCCAUCCUGGUUUUAUUAUGCCGCCCCCUUCGGUUCCUUUUCCCAACUAUGGUCUUCCUGUACCUGAUGUUAAUGCUUUUCCACAGCACAGAGAGUAUACCAGGACGGGUAUGUCACCUCAAUUUCAGAUGCCUCAAGCGGGCAAUCCAGCGGUAUCGCCUUCCAACUUCCCCAUGUCGACAUAUGCUCAGCAUGGACAGAACAGGCCGAUGCCUCCAUUCCAACGAAGAGAUUGGGCUUAAUACUAAUUAAUAAAAGCGACCUCAUUUUUAAUUAUUACGUCCAAAAUUUAACUUGGACUUUUACUAUUUGGGUUUUGGUUAUUGCGUCGGUUAAUUCAUUGAAGUUUUUGUAGUUUGUUAUAUGGGACAGCUACACUUCGUUCAUUUUUUCUGUUUUUUUUGGUUUAACAUGGAUUUGUUUUUAAUGAAUAAAAGACGUGCUUUUUUUUCGGUUA